AUGUCCAUUGCACCCGUUAUUAUAGAGGCUACAGCCAAACAUACGGCUACGUUGAUAUUUAUGCAUGGUCUUGGCGAUACUGGCCAUGGUUGGAGCAGUGCUUUGGCUGCCAUACGUCCAGCCUGCAUGAAAGUGGUUUGCCCCACGGCACCAACACAACCCGUUUCAUUAAAUGCUGGUUUUCGUAUGCCAUCAUGGUUUGAUUUAAAAACUUUGGAUAUUUCCGGCCCUGAAGAUGAGGAAGGCAUUAAGCAAGCUUCACAGAAUAUCCAUACCAUGAUCAAUACCGAAAUUGAAAAAGGGGUGCCAGCUGAACGUAUUGUUCUAGGGGGUUUUUCACAAGGUGGAGCCUUGGCCCUGUACUCGGCCCUAACCUACAACAAACCGCUGGCCGGUGUUGUGGCUCUAUCCUGUUGGCUGCCAUUGCAUAAACAAUUCCCUGGGCUCAAAACAAAUUCCGAUGAAAUACCGAUUUUCCAAUGCCAUGGUGACUUUGAUCCCGUUGUACCCUAUAAAUUUGGCCAAUUGAGUGCUAGCUAUUUGAAGAACUUUAUGAAAAAUGUUACCUUCAAAACCUACAAUGGUUUGUCGCAUUCAUCUUCGGAAGAGGAAAUGGAUGAUAUGAAGGACAUUCUUGCUAAAUGGGUAAAUUAAUUUAAAAACUCAUGUUUUAUCUUGAUUUUUGGGUUUUCUUU